AUGAUAGGAAAUGGAGUAAAAGCCAAAUCAAUCAUGAAUGUUUUCCCGACAAAUACUUAUCCAAAUCAUUACACGCUUAUCACUGGAUUGUACCCAGAGUGUCAUGGAAUUGUGGACAACAAAUUUUAUGAUGCGGUAUGGAAUGAGUAUUUCGAUUCGAUUUUGAUAAUAGGAGAGACAACGUUGAUCCAUUCUGGACUCCUGUACUUCUUGGAGCCGGAUGGAAUUGGUCAUGUAACCGGCGGGGGUUCUAAAAAUGUUACAGAUAUGAUCAAAGGCGAAUUGGAUAACGUGUUAGGAUAUUUAUUCAAGAAAUUGAAGGAAAACGGUCUCCUUGAUGAGAUGAAUAUAAUUUUAACAUCAGAUCAUGGCUUUGCAAACUACAGAAGGGAUAAGGCAGUCUUACUUAGUGAUCACUUGAAUUCGUCUUGGUAUAAAACAGGCUCUGUUCAGUUCGGGAAUUAUGCCCUUCAUAAGCAUAUCUUUCCGGAGGAAGGGCAAGAAGAAAAUGUGCUCCAAGCGCUGCGUAACAUCCCUUAUUUAAAGGUGUACAGGAAAGGUGGCAGCGAGUUGGACGGGCUACACUACAACUCUAGUACAAGGAUAGCCCCUAUUGUUAUCACUGGGUCUGAAGAAGGAGUGGUUAUAUUUCCUGAUGAAGCUAGUCGAGACAGGAUGAAAUCCGUUGGUGUCCAUGGAUAUGACCCAUACCUUGUGCCCAGCAUGCGUCCAUUCUUCCUUGCAAUUGGUCCAGCUUUCAAAAAGGGAUACCUAUCUGAGCAGUUUAACUCGGUGGACAUUUAUCCUUUGAUGUGUCAUAUAUUGGGUAUCGUGCCUGCUCCAAAUAAUGGCUCCUUUGAGAAUGUGAAAAGCUUAUUGCGAGAGAAAUCAGUCAUGAGUAAGAUGCCUGAAAGGUCAACAACUGUGAUCUUACUUGUAAUUUUUGCCGGACUGUGUGCACUUCUAGCUGGGAUAUAUACCGUCUGUACCUGUCAGAAAGCAAGGAAACAGCUUAGACUUGGUAACAAGACAGCACCUGAAGUUACAUCGUCUGGGUCCGCGACGGUCAGUGCAGAAGCUGAACGUCAGGACGAACUUUGAGCCUAUGUUGAAUAAAUUUAUGUACAUCUACAUGGAGCAGUAGCACCUUUAUGAUUCAAUCACGAUAAAGUGUAAAAAGACGCUGUGUGUAUAAGGAAUUACUGAAUAUACAAAUGGAUACUUUAUUAUCUUACACCCUGCUAUAUUUCUAAAAUAGACUGGUCAAUCGUUGAGUUUGGGAAGUACCACUUAUUAUUCAAAGGGAUAUUUAUUGAUUGAAUAGCAAACCGUGCAGACUAUGAACGUGCUGUCUGAUCUUGGUCUGCGCUGGUCGCAAAGGCAAAAUCACUUGCCACCGGCAGGCUAAAGGGUAAACAUGCCCGCCGAGCUCAAUAGGAACAUCGCAGAUCUACGGAUCGCGGGGUCGUGAGUUUGAUCCUUGGGCGUGGCGUUUGUUCUCGUGACGAUUUGAUACAAGACAUUGUGUAUGAAAUCAUUCGUCUUUUACAUUUGAUUCAUGUGGGGAAGUUGGAAGUUACUUACAGGUUUGUACUGGUAUAGAAUCCAGGAACACUGAUUAAGUGAAAUACUGUUGAAAAACGGCGUUAAACCCACAACAAACAAACAAAAGAAAAUACUAACUUUUCACAAAACGGCUUCAAAGACGCCACAUGUAUAAUGAUAUGCAAGUUGAUACCUUAAAGAUAUUUCAUCU